GCGCCGGCUAGGGAACCCGAGCUCGGGUACAAUAGUUCCGGGCCCGGGGAAGAGCGGGGCUGAUGACCGGACCCAGGUGCCGCCGGAAACAGCGACCCUCGGGCCGGCCCGGGCCGAGGGGGACUCGCGUUCCCCAGCACCCGACGCCAGAUGGGGGCUGGACGGCGAGGCGGGCGACGGGGGCGGCGGGCGCGGGGGCCCGGGGCCGGGACCUACCCCCACAGCGGAAGCCUGGGAAGCCGACGGCGCCGGGGAAGGGGCGCCCCGAGCGAGGCGACUUCGUGCAGCUGCCGGUGCCCGUCAUCCAGCAGCUCUACCACUGGGACUGUGGCCUGGCCUGCUCCAGGAUGGUGCUGCGGUACCUGGGCCAGCUGGACGACGCUGAGUUCGAGAGGGCCCUGCAGGAGCUGCAGCUCACCAGGAGCAUCUGGACCAUCGACCUGGCCUACCUGAUGCGCCGCUUCGGCGUGCGGCACCGCUUCUGCACCCGGACGCUGGGCGUGGACAAGGGCUACAAGAACCAGUCCUUCUACAGGAAGCACUUUGACACAGAGGAGACGCGGGUGAACCAGCUGUUUGCACAAGCCAAGAGCUGCAAGGUGCUGGUGGAGAAGUGGCGGCCCCCCGCACGGAGCGCAGGCCGGACGCCUGACCCCGGCCACCCCCGCAGCAGAGUGAGCGUGCAGGACAUCCAGGCCCACCUGGCGCAGGGCCACGUGGCCAUCGUGCUGGUGAACUCGGGCGUGCUGCGCUGCGACGCCUGCUCCAGGCCCCCCAAGUACUGCUGCUUCACGCCCGGCGGGCCCCGCUGCUUCUGCCGCUCACCCGACUACCAGGGCCACUUCAUCGUGCUGCGCGGCUACAGCCGGGCCGCCGGCUGCAUCUUCUACAACAACCCGGCAUACGCUGACCCAGGAAUGUGCAGCGCCAGCAUCAGCAACUUCGAGGAGGCCAGGACCAGCUACGGCACGGACGAGGACAUCCUUUUCGUCUACGUGGACAGCUGACGGCGGGAGCCCGCUAUGCCCUGCCCGGUCCCUGGAAGCCUGGGCCCGGGGCUCGGACGAGGCGCUGCAUCCCUGCUGACUGUUGACGUCAUCUCCUGGGCCUGAGGCCAGCUCUGCUGCGCUCAGGACAUCCGCCCCCAUGGGCACGCCGGAGCCCAUCUCCCCACAGACCCGGGACCCAGCCCCAAGAGAGACGCUGCGGGUCUGUUUGUGUGGAGACAGUAGCCAGCCUGGGCCCCGGGGCUGUGCCGGCUCCAGCCUCCUUGGGAUCUGAAAGGCAGCUGCCGCCCUGGGCCUGCCGCCCCGCCCCUGCCUGGGGGGCCCAGUCCCUGCGGCUGGUGGCCAGGCCCCUGGCCCCUGGGGAGGGCUGGACCUCAGGCAGAAAGCCCUCAGGCCCCUGCGGCCCUCCUUCAAGGGGACAUCUGGGCUGUGGGCGGGCCCCUGGCUCCCUCUGGCACCCCGAGGACCAGCGGCCUGGGCCCCAAAGAUGCUCCCCGCCCCCAGUGUGACACCUCCUGCCUCUGAGUGCGGGCAGCCCCACCUCUCAGGGCUGGGUGCUGGGGCCCUGGGCCUGCAGGCCUGACCGGGCUGGGGGCGGCCUGUGGCCUCCCCCCGACAGAAUGCCAGGUGGUCUGUCUCAGCAGAGGAUCUCACAGCAUGGACCCUCGCGUGGACUAGAGCGGCCUCCUGUUCUUCCUUUUUCAGCCGGGGGAGGUUUGUGUGUGUGUGUGUGUGUGUGUGAGACUUAAGUCUUUUUUUUAGCCAGGGGAGGGUGUUUUUUUUGAGAUUGAAGUUUUCACUUUUGGCGGGGUGAGACUCAACCUCAAGCAAGACAAUAAUAGUGGGGUUGCAGGUACUUUGGAACCACGGACACCUCUCUUCACGGGCAGAUAAGCCAGGCCAGGGUCUCUUCCAAAGCCAAGGGACCUGGGGCUGCAGGCAGGCCAGCCUCUCGCCACAGCCAGAACCUGACUCAGGACAGCGGUGGGGCUGCAUCUUGAACCUGGGUCUGCGCCCCUGGACAAAAAGGGAAAUGGGUCAUUCCCAAAAGGGGCUGGGACACCUCCCACCCCUGCCCCGGGCUACCUCUGGCCGGGGGGCCAGGAUGCCCCCGUCAGCCACAGCACCUAAGUCUUUGUUGUCUGGUGCCGGAGGCCCGAUGCUGGGGUGGCGGCUGCCCCUUCCCUGGGCUACAGACCACCCAGGACCACCCAGCCGUACAGCUCCUCGACCCGACAGCCUUGACUGACAGGCAGACGCUUCUGGCUAGGCAGCCGCCCUGGGUUCAGAGGCGAGCACUGCCUGCAGGCCCAUCUCGUCCCCGUUGCCUUAACCCUGGGUGGCCCGAGACCCCCGGAGCCCUGGUUCCCACGCCCGGGAGGACCCCACGUGGCAGCUGCAGGCUGGGUGCCCCUGUGAGGGCUCCAGGUGACCCCGGGGAGGGUGGCGGUGUCCAGGGAGGCAGCGACAGGAAGGGGCGGCUGCCCUCGGGUGAGGCCUGUACUCGGGCCGGCGGGGGCUGCCCAGGGAGCGGCCUCCACAGAGAGGUCACAGUGCCUUCGUCCAUCAGAGACGCUGUCCCUGGGGCGGAGGAGCGGGCCUCUCGGGGCAAGCCGCAGGCUAGAGGUCACCCGUCUGGAAGGCUCACAGGAGCUGCCUGCCCCCAGGGCCGACGCCGCCUGCCUAGAGGGGUCUCAGGCAGGACACAAACCUCGCCAUCACGUCCUGUUCACACACAAAUCAUGAAAAUGGGACUGGAGACAGCAGGACUCGGCACGUGACGCCAUGACCCCUUGGCUGCACAAGGGGGGCGCAGUGGACCGCUGGCUGUCUCCCCGGCCACCUGGGGGCGAAAGGGAUCUUUUGCAUCACAGGGAUUUUUAUAUGUGUUAACUCGUUUGUAAUGAGCCAUUCUCAAUAAACGGUCCUCGCUGAAAACGC